UUAUAACAAUGAUAAAAUUUUAAAGCUUUAAUCUGCAUUAAGGAUCGAUACAUACAGAGUAUUUGAUUUCGGAUAUCAUUAUUCCCAAUUUUCUAAUCUGCUGUGAUUUUUCCCCUGCGGAGAAUCAAAUAAUUAUCCGUGCUUUUGAUUCAUAUGGAAUUAAUCAAGAGUACAGUUAAAGAGACGACCUUCAAUUCUUUCACCACUAAAUGCAAACAAAUAUCAACUCCUCAAAUCCAUCUCCAAAAGGGAGAAACUACCCAAUUCAAACAAAAUAAGAACGAAAAAUUAAGUAAACCAAAACACCUGCGGGCUCUAAGCUUCAUCAGCAUCGCCCUCGCGUUUUUUGGGCUUCCGAUAGGUCUCCUCCACCUGCUUGGCGACGAAGACGCCGGUUUGAUAGAACUUGUUAAUGUCGGGAAGGUUGUAAUUCUGGGCCAAGUAAACUCCCAAAGCUGUCCCUAGAAGGAAAUUGAAAGAGCUCCGUAUGAUUCCCAUCUCAUAAACGCCGCCGCAAUCUUCGCUCUGUGAUUCAAUAUUUUAGUUCUUUCUAUGCUCUAACCUAAGGCGUAAGGAACUCGAAAUUAGUGGAAGGAAAUCGAGGAAUAUUUGAAAACUUUGAUUACUGUUUUGACAGAGGCAGCUGACUCCUUCAUCAAGCCACCAAAUUCAGUGAGGGCCACUACGAUGGGUGCGAGUCCAUUCCCA